UGUAAUAAUAGUACACCCACCUUUCUCAUAUGUACUACUUCCAUUCUCCUACCUCUCUUUCCCACACGUCUCUCCUCAUCUAUAAAGACAGAUUCAAUCAUCUCUUUCUCGCUUUAAGAAAAACAAUAAAUCAGAACAGAGUGAUGAAUCAAGAGAAACCCACUUCUUGUUGCUGUGUUCUUGAUGCUUCCACUUAUGUGGGUUUCUGGAUUCUCAAGAAAUUGCUCACCAGAGGCUACUCUGUUCGUGCAGCCAUCCGUAAAAAUGGGGAGAGUAUACUCGAGGAGAAAAUCAGGAACAUGCAAGCCACAGAGGAGAGAUUAGUUGUUUACGAUGUGGAUGUGUUGGAUUACCAGAGCAUCCUUGUUUCUCUCAACAACUGUAACGCUGUGUUCUGUUGCUUGGACAAUCCUGAAGGGUACGAUGAGCUGGAAGUUGAUUUGGAGGUGAGAGGAGCGAUUAAUGUGGUGGAAGCAUGUGCAAGAACAGAGAGUAUAGACAAGAUUGUCUUCUCUUCUUCACUAACUGCUGCAAUUUGGACAGAUAACAUUGGAACUCAAAAAGAUGUUGAUGAGAAGUCUUGGAGUGAUCUAGACUUUUGUCUCAAAAAGAAGCUAUGGCAUGCUCUGGCCAAGACACAAUCUGAGAAGGCGGCUUGGGCACUAGCCAUGGACCGUAUGGUUAACAUGGUCUCAGUUAACCCAGGGCUCAUUGUUGGACCCUCAGUGACUCAACACAACCCUAGACCCACCAUGUCUUUCCUGAAAGGAGCUGCGCAGAUGUAUGAGAACGGUGUGUUAGCCUACGUAGACGUAGAGUUUGUAGCAGAUGUUCACAUUCGAGUUUUCGAGGAUACUUCGGCUUGUGGUAGAUACUUUUGCUUCAACCAAAUUGUAAAUACCGAAGAAGAAGCUCUCAAACUUGUGGAGAUUCUAUCUCCUUUGAUUCCUAUGCCACCAAGGUAUGAGAAAGAGAUGCAAGGAAGUGAAGUUUAUGAAGAGAGGUUGAGAAACAAUAAACUCAACAAGCUGGUGGAAGCUGGCUCUGCUUGUUAAUUAGAUGGAGAUAGUACAAUGUCAUAUAUAUAAACUCAAGAGAAACAAAAAGAUACAUAAUAUGUUAUCAUGCAUAAGCAUAGUUUAUUUUCUCUCUUUUGUCUUUUGCUUGUAUAAUCUCAAUUCAGUAUAAAUAAUAUUUUAUUGUACCCUUAAAUUGAAAAAUAUGUUGUAGAAAAAUGAAUAUUUAUUGUC